ACAUCAAGUCAGUCUAGCGUCACUGUCACUCAAAAGGAAGCAGAAAACAGUGUAGAUACCAUGAUCUCCUUCCACUCAGCCAUGUUCACUCUGGUGCUCCUCUGUGAGCUCAGCGCCCACACCGUCUGCCAGGGCGAACCAACAGGGACGCUGGAAGACGCUUGGAUGGAGCGGCAGAACUUGAAUUCGAUGCUGGAUGAUGAGGCGAUGGCUGAGCCUUCCCUCCAUGUGCCUGCGUACAGGCAGAGCUCCAUCCAGGACAACAGACUGGAAGAUGAAGAUGGAACCCCCAAGAUCAUCGUCCUCUCAGAUAUCGGAUUGAAACGACACAGCAGACGGGGCCUGAACUCUGCUCGCGCUCCCCCUCUUCUCACAGAGCGCAGCACAGACCAAACUCCAGCUGAAUACAACCUGAGAAUUGAGCGCAGGGAGGCAGAUCUCGACAUGCUCCGAUGUAUGAUAGGAAGAGUCUACCGCCCCUGCUGGCAGUCCUAAGGAAGUGCGACCCCUGCACCUCUGACUAGUGUCUUCAACCUGCUCUUUAAAACGUAUAGUGCUCGUUUAGAAUGUGUUGCAUGUUGUAAAAACAAUAGUGUAAACAAAUAUAUAUAUAAAAAAAUGAUACAACUUUAU